AUGGCCUCUAAUUCUACUACUUCUUCCAAUCGGGCAACCCCCCAGGGAGGUAUUCUCGAGGGUGGCAAUCCAUCUCACUAUGACCCCAGAAAUCCUCUCAUCCUAUUCAUUAUCCAGGCCUUUAUCAUCAUUGUCCUAUCUCGUCUACUACAUUGGCCACUCUCCAAAAUCCGUCAGCCGCGUGUCAUCGCAGAGGUUAUCGGAGGCAUCUUGCUUGGCCCCUCCGUGAUGGGACGCAUCCCCGGCUUCACUGACGCGAUUUUCCCAUCUGAUUCAAUCCCAAAUUUGAAUUUGGUGGCAAAUCUUGGGCUGGUCCUGUUUCUCUUCUUGGUUGGUCUGGAAACCAAUUUGCGCUUUUUGACUAGUAACUGGCGUGUGGCCACCAGUGUCUCAGCCGCUGGAAUGAUCUUACCCUUUGGUCUGGGCAGUGCACUAUCUUAUGGACUAUAUAACCAAUUUCGCAAUGACCCCGGCACGACGGAAAUCAAUUUUGGCACCUAUCUGCUUUUCAUUGGCAUUGCUAUGGCUAUCACUGCCUUCCCCGUUUUGUGUCGUAUCCUAACUGAAUUGAAAUUGCUCGGAACCAACGUCGGUGUCAUUGUCCUCUCCGCUGGUGUGGGUAAUGAUGUUGUUGGCUGGGUUUUGCUGGCGCUCUGUGUCGCGCUUGUUAACGCUGGAUCAGGCAUUACAGCGCUCUGGGUGUUGCUUGUUUGCGUGGGCUAUGUUAUUUUCCUGUCUUUUAUUUUUCGUCCGCUCUUUUUGCGUUUUCUCAACUAUACAGGUAGCCUGCAAAAAGGCCCUAGUCAAUCUGUUGUCGCAAUCACGCUUCUGAUUGCGCUUGCUUCUGCCUUCUUUACUCAGGUUAUCGGUGUCCAUGCGAUUUUUGGCGGCUUCAUUAUUGGCUUGCUCUGCCCCCAUGAAGGAGGUUUUGCCAUCAAAUUGACGGAAAAGAUUGAGGAUCUCGUGACUGCCCUCUUCCUGCCGCUUUACUUCACCCUUUCUGGCCUCCAGACAAACCUGGGACUGCUUGAUAACGGCACUGUGUGGGGCUAUGUGGUUGCAAUUAUCGCAAUUGCCUUUAUUGCUAAAGUCGCUGGAGGUGCACUUGCUUCUAGGCUCUGCGGUCUUCUCUGGCGAGAGAGUUUCGCGAUUGGAGUUCUGAUGAGCUGCAAAGGCUUGGUCGAGCUUAUUGUUUUGAAUAUCGGUUUACAAGCCCAGAUUCUCAGCAGGCGGACUUUCACCAUGUUUGUGGUCAUGGCGCUCGUAACGACCUUUGCUACUACCCCGUUGACGACCAUUCUCUAUCCAAAGUGGUACCAAGUCAAGGUCGACCGCUGGCGACGAGGUGAAAUCGACUGGGACGGCAACCCGCUCCACUCCGGCGACCGUAGCGACAGCGUGGCUAUGGCCAAAGACCACCUCCAGUCCCACAAGGUUCGCAAACUCUUAGUGUAUCUGCGCCUUGACGGUCUCUCCAGUAUUUGUACCCUUGCCGCGCUACUUGGACCAAUCCAGGCUCCUACCCCGAAGGUUCACCCAGAAAAGGCCCCAAGCACUAGGUCGCCGGAACCGGCAGCUGAAGAGUCUGCUGCAACUGAAAUUGAGGAUGAUACCUCGCUCAAAGUCCACGGAAUUCGCCUGAUGGAACUCACAGACCGUGACUCUAGUGUGAUGAAGGUGUCCGAGGUGGAUGCAUACUCACUGUGGGAUCCGGUCAUCAAUACAUUCCGCGCGUUCGGUCAAUGGCACGAUAUUUCAAUUAUGGCUGGUAUCUCUGUAGUUCCAGAACACUCCUAUGCGGACACGGUUCUGGGAAUGGCUCGCGAGGAGUCGACGGAUCUUCUUCUGGUUCCCUGGAGCGAAACUGGUGCUAUGAGCGAGCAUCAAGGUGGCUUUGGCGUAGACGAAGGAAACCGAUUUGCAGAUGGACCUUACCCAAGCUUCGUGUCUAAUAUUCUCACCCAAAGCGAGUGCAACGUCGGUGUUCUUAUUGAGCGGCCGAUGUAUACUCGCAAUGCCGCGAAAACUCGACCUUUUGUCAAGCGAUCUCUGAGCCUCAUGAGCAUUCGGAGCUCUGUCUGGGCUAGCCCUGCAGCCACUCGCUCCCACCAUAUCGUUGUGCCUUUCUUUGGAGGCGAUGAUGACCGCUUCGCCCUACAGUUCGUGCUCCAACUCGCGCAGAAUGACCAAGUCACGGCUACGGUCAUCCACCUAGACUUUCCUCUGACGACACCAAAAGCACCAGAGGUUGCCAGCAGUGGUAAACAGAGCGACUUGACAGGAUCCAAGUCCUCGAACUCUGAGCUUACGAGAACAUUCCGACCCGAAUCCGACGCCAUCUAUUUUGCAACGCUGCGCGAUUCCUUGCCGGAUACGCUUUCUUCCCGCGUAGUUUUCAAACGCGUUUCCCCGACCAAGGGCGAUGCGGACCCUGUUCAGCUCGCUGUUAACACCGUCAAGGAGGAAAUGACUCGUUUGGUCCACAAAGCCGGCAAUGUUGUCGUUGUCGGGCGGACCAACAACCGCGUGAACCAGGCUGUCGAAAUCGGAACCCCGACGUCGGGGGAGGUUGGUCCUGAUGCUAAGGCCGCGCUAGGAGCAGUUGCCCAAGCUAUGGUUCGCACAGAGAACAGAUCCGUCGGUGACGUUCUUGUUCUACAGGCCGCCAACCCGAGAGCCUAG